GCAACAGCGCGGUCUUCUUCUUCUCUCGUCUCUUUCCUUCUUCUUCGUUACACGUUUGUUUGGGAGAAUUGUAAGAAAUUAUAUGCAUAUAUAUAUAUAUAGAUGUAUAGAUUUAUGUAUGGAUGUAUGCCGGCGGUGAGAUUGUAGCUACUAAGACCGUACAGUCUGUUCUCUCUACUCUUUUAUCCUUUUAUAGGCGACAGCAGACUUCUGAAUCGGAUUCUUCGCUCGGAAAAAUUUUUCAAAAAAUCAUGGAGUCUCAUCUCAUAUCCGCGCUGAAAUCUCGCGGUGUUAUCUUUAUCCCCGCACUGAAAAUUCUCCGGGAAUCCGAAGCUUAUCUUCUUGUGUAUUCACCAAGGAAAAGCAAACAGGAUGAGGAUGUCAAUGUUUUUGCUGGGUCUUUUGUUGCUAAUUGGCUCUGCAAUGGCUGAGGCAAGGCCAUACGAAGACCAUAUGUCGUACAAGGACCCAAAUCAGCCUGUGAACAGGCGAAUCCGAGACCUUAUGAGCAGGAUGACACUAGCAGAGAAGAUAGGCCAGAUGGUGCAAAUUGACCGCAGUGUUGCAACUCCUGAAAUCAUGAAGAACUACUCCAUUGGUAGCCUUCUUAGUGGUGGAGGCAGUGUCCCACGCCCUCAGGCCACUCCUCAGGAAUGGAUAAACAUGGUUAACUCUUUCCAGAAUGGUUCUCUUUCCAGCCGGUUAGGGAUCCCCAUGAUCUAUGGCAUUGAUGCUGUUCAUGGCAACAACAAUGUCUACAAGGCUACUCUCUUUCCUCACAAUAUUGGUCUUGGGGCAACCAGGGAUCCUGAGCUUGUGAAGAGGAUUGGUGCUGCCACUGCUCGAGAAGUUAGAGGAACUGGCAUUAACUAUGCUUUUGCACCUUGCAUUGCUGUAUGCAGAGAUCCAAGGUGGGGAAGAUGCUAUGAGAGUUACAGUGAAGAUCCCAAAGUUGUGAAGGCCAUGACAGAGAUUAUACCUGGAUUACAAGGGGAUAUUCCCGCAGAUUCUCGCAAAGGUGUUCCUUAUGUUGGAGGACAGGACAAGGUUGUUGCCUGUGCAAAGCACUUUGUGGGUGAUGGUGGCACCACCAGAGGCAUUGAUGAGAACAACACUGUGGUAGACUGGCAAGGUCUCAUGAGCAUCCACAUGCCGGCCUACUACGACUCGAUCAUCAAGGGAGUUUCGACUGUCAUGGUUUCUUACUCCAGCUGGAAUGGCAAGAAGAUGCAUGCCAACCAUGAUCUUGUCACCAAUUUACUCAAAAACACACUUAAAUUCAGGGGUUUUGUCAUCUCAGAUUGGCAGGGUAUUGACCGAAUCACCUAUCCUGACCAUGCAAACUACUCAUACUCAGUCAUGCAAGGCCUUCAUGCUGGAAUUGAUAUGGUCAUGGUUCCUUUCAAUUAUACUGAGUUCAUUGAUACCGUAACAAAGCUUGUUGACGAUAAAGUAAUUCCAAUGAGCCGCAUUGAUGAUGCUGUCAGUAGAAUUUUGAGGGUCAAAUUCACAAUGGGUUUAUUUGAGAAACCAUUGGCUGAUGAAACUUAUGUCGAUCAGAUCGGAAGCCAGGCUCAUAGAGAUUUGGCAAGAGAAGCAGUUAGGAAGUCUCUUGUUCUUCUCAAGAAUGGAAACAAUGCAGAUGAACCUGUACUGCCAUUGCCAAAGAAUGCUUCAAGAAUCCUUGUUGCAGGAACUCACGCCAACAAUUUAGGCAAUCAGUGUGGAGGAUGGACCAUCACCUGGCAAGGUCUUAAUGGCAACAACUUCACUGCCGGAACCACUAUCCUGAAUGGAAUUGCAGCAGCUGUGGAACCAAGCACAGAGAUCAUGUUCAGCGAGAACCCGAAUGCAGAUUUUGUGAAAUCCAACAACUUCUCCUACGCAAUAGUUGUGAUCGGUGAACAGCCAUAUGCAGAGAUGAACGGGGACAAUACCACUUGACAUUACCGGAGCCAGGUGCAAGCACAAUCGGCACAGUCUGCAGCAAAGUGAAGUGUGUAGUAGUGAUUGUGUCUGGUAGCCUCUGGUGGUUGGAGCCCUUAUG